AUGUUCAACACGCUCAAAUCAUCGAAUACCAAUGCAUCUACACGGAAAGCUGAAAAGCUUUUGGAGCUGACAAGCAGCGACUUCAGGAAGGAAAACAGAUUCGUGACAAUCAACAUCGACAUGAAGCUGAGACUGAAAAGCGCGCGAGGAUCCAGACUCAACAUGAACGCGAUGCAGCGCGUACCCGCACCAUAA